CAACUUUUGACCCCUUCUUCAUUUCCCUUUCUUUCUUUUAUUUUUAUCAAUACAAACAAUGAACCUGACAUUAAGAGAUCAACCUUUUGUCUUGUCGACUCUGCUUCUAGCAGCAAUAGGGUGGAUGAUUGCAUUUGUAGGAGCGUGUAUGCUCAAAGUGCUUAAUGGCGUGUGGUGGAUCAUGUUGUAUGAAUUAUUGAUCAUCGCAGCACAAACCAUGAUGACUAUGUCAGGAUCUGUAGAACAAUAUCGUGUGACGAUGAUGACCUUAUUGGCUACAAGCGUUCCAUUGCUUACAAUUCAGAUUGAUUAUGUUAUUCAAUCAAGUCGAUCGAAUAUAUCUAGGGCACCAGCCAAUACAUAUGCAGCAGGGUACAUUAUACUGAUCAUUAUGCAGUAUGUAUGGAUUUUGAUAUUUGGAAGUGACAAGUCGACAUUUUUUGGAAGAUGGGGACAAGCGAAUCGUUCAAUAAGGAAAGAGGAAGUUAUUGUAGAGAAAGAUGAUAGACCCAAGCCAAUUGUUCCUGUUAUUCUGACUGAGCCUUGCUCUCCUUCUGCUAAUACUGAUUUUGUCGAAAAAGUUCAAGCAUUGCAUACAUACCAAGCUAAUUCAGACGAUCCUAAUGAAUUAAGCUUUGAAAAAGGAGAAAUAUUAGAAGUGGCAGAUAGAAAAGGGAAUUGGUGGCAAGCAAGGAAGAGUGAUGGUACGAAUGGUAUUAUACCCAGUAAUUACUUUGCUGUUGUUGACAAAGAAAAUGUUUAAAAUGACAAAG